GCACACUCCACACUCCACUGUUGGCUUGUGCUCUCCUCGUGUCUUUAGGUUAAACCGCUCCUUUUUUUCGCUCUCACUCGUCCGAUUUCAAGAACGUCAAGCCAUGGGGAAAUCUUACCCAACCGUUAGUGCUGAUUACCAGAAGGCCGUUGAGAAGGCGAGGAAGAAGCUCAGAGGCUUCAUUGCUGAGAAGCGAUGUGCUCCUUUGAUGCUCCGUUUAGCAUGGCACUCUGCUGGAACUUUUGAUGUGGCUACAAAGAGUGGAGGUCCAUUCGGAACCAUUAAGCAUCCAUCCGAGCUUGCUCAUGGCGCCAACGCUGGACUCGACAUCGCUGUGAGGCUUUUGGAGCCGAUCAAGGAGCAAUUCCCUACGUUGUCCUACGCUGACUUUUACCAGUUGGCCGGUGUAGUUGCUGUUGAGAUCACUGGUGGACCUGAAAUUCCAUUCCACCCUGGAAGAGAGGACAAGCCCGAGCCACCACCCGAGGGUCGCUUGCCCGAUGCAACUAAGGGAUCCGACCACUUGAGGGACGUGUUUGGCAAGGCUAUGGGACUAAGUGAUCAGGACAUUGUUGCCCUGUCUGGUGGUCACACUCUUGGAGCUGCACACAAGGAGCGUUCUGGCUUUGAAGGUCCUUGGACAAGCAAUCCCCUCAUCUUUGACAACUCUUACUUCAAGGAGCUUUUGAGUGGUGAGAAGGAAGGACUCCUUCAGUUGCCAAGUGAUAAGGCACUCUUGAGUGACCCUGUAUUCCGCCCUCUUGUUGAGAAAUAUGCUGCGGAUGAAGAUGCAUUCUUUGCUGAUUACGCUGAGGCACACCUUAAGCUCUCUGAGCUUGGGUUUGCUGAUGCCUAAGAGCUACUUGACGUUGACGGGGUGGGAGCUUAGGGGUGUGUCUUGGGAGGCAUGGUUGCCCGUGAUGUUUAUCUCAUUUUCCUUGGACAUGGUUGUUAAUUCUAAUGAGGUUUCUCAGAUUUGAGAUUAGCUUUUGAAUGUAUUUUGCUGAACAGUGAUGAAUGCAAGAAAGUUCGUUUUCUUUGUUAA